UUGAUAUUUUUAUACCCAAAAGGGGUCUCAUCUCAUUUGUGUUGAUACGGUUUCGUUAAGGGUAUUAUCGACAUUUGAGAAACGCUUCUGAAAUUUUUACUCGAGGGUUCUUACGGACAUUUUGGGUAAAAUCCCUCAUGUCAACCGUCGUCGUGCUCGACAAUGGCGGCGGCCUCAUCAAGGCCGGUCACGGCGGAGAUCGCGAUCCCUCCGCCGUAAUCCCCAACUGUCUGUACCGUCCUCUAUCCGCUAAGAAAUUUCUCCACCCAUCUCCGAUCUCUCUCUCCUCCAAAGCCUUCUCCGGCGAAGUCGACCUCACCUCCGCCGCCGUCCGCCGACCCAUCGACCGGGGCUACCUCAUAAACCCCGAUCUAGAGCGAGACAUAUGGACGCACCUCUUCUCGUCGCUCAUCCGCAUCGACCCAGCUUCCUCCUCCCUUCUCCUGACGGAGCCGCCGCUCUCCAUCCCCGCCGUCCAACGCUCCACAGACGAGCUCGUAUUCGAGGACUUUGGGUUCUCCGCUCUCUACGUCGCGCACCCUCAGUCUCUGGUUCAUCUCUACGAGGCGAGUCGGCGACCCGACUCAGUCCUUUCGCGGACGCAGUGCAGCUUGGUCGUCGAUUGCGGGUUCUCCUUCACCCACGCAGUGCCUGUUCUUCAGAAUUUUACUUUGAAUAAUGGGGUUAAGAGAAUCGAUUUGGGCGGAAAAGCUUUGACGAAUUACUUGAAGGAGUUGGUCUCCUAUCGAUCUAUAAACGUCAUGGAUGAAACUUUCUUGAUGGAUGAUGUCAAGGAGAAGCUCUGCUUUGUCUCUCUUGACCUUCUCCGUGAUCUCCAAGUUGCUCGGGAGCGUGGGAAAGGCAACCUGAUGAGAUGCACAUAUGUUCUUCCUGACGGUGUGACCCAUACAAGCGGUUAUGUCAAGGACCCAGAAGCUGCAAAGAGGUACCUCAGUUUGGGAGAUGAGAUUGAAGCAAAGGCAGAUGCCGAGGAGCUUGACCUCACGGAGAGAAGGAAGGCUGACAUUAACAAAAAUGAGAUUGACUUAACGAAUGAGCGGUUCCUUGUCCCGGAGAUGAUGUUCCAGCCUGCAGAUUUGGGGAUGAAUGAAGCCGGACUUGCGGAAUGCAUCGUACGAGCUGUAAAUUCAUGCCACUCUUACUUGCACCCUGUUCUUUACCAAAGCAUCAUAUUAACUGGAGGAAGCACGUUAUUCCCCCAAUUCAAGCAAAGACUAGAACGGGAGCUCCGUCCUCUUGUCCCGGAUCACUUUGAUGUGGAGAUCACAACACAAGAGGACCCCAUAUUAGGCGUAUGGAGAGGGGGUUCGCUUUUGGCAUCCAGCCCGGAUUUUGAAUCGAUGUGUGUCACCAAGGCAGAGUACGAGGAGCUUGGAUCUGCCCGAUGUCGGAGAAGAUUCUUUCACUGAGGAAUUAAGGAACCGAGCCCUCGUUUCUUUACAGGAUCGAUCUGCUCGAACUAUUCAUAAACCUUUAAACCGUGCUCCAAGGAUUGACAUAUGGAUCAUCGAAGUGAUUCGGGCAAAUGUUUGAAAGAGAAAUGAUCACCAGGAGAAACAUAACAUGAAAAAUGCCAGCGAUGGUGAACCAUUUUCUCGUAUCUGCAUGCUUUUGGCAAGUCGAAAUUACGAGGUUUGUACGUAGGAACAUUUGGUCGGUAUCUUAAGUUGUAAUAUUUAGAAACACAACAGAAGAAUCUCAUGUGUUCAUAUGCUGAGAUCGGUUUUUCCCUACGUGAUGAAUGCUCUCUUUGAAACU